GUAUGUGCGCGCGCGCGUGCCGGGGCUGAAGCUGGAGAGGAAACCGCCCGCCCCGCCCGGGAGAAGGAAGGAGCCUCCCCCUUCCUCGCCAGCCCCCUCCCCACUUCCCGUCUGGUUUGGCCGCUCGCUUCCUUCUGCGUCGGGCCUCUGGGCGCACCGAGCGGCCGGCAGCUGAGGAGCUGGAGGAGGCGGAGGCGGAGCGGGAGCAGCGGGCGGGGCGCAUGCUGGGCGGGGAUCCCCAGGGCGCCCCGGCCGGUGGCGCCGGGGGCCACCGCGCAGGCCGCCAAGAUGGCUUACCACCUGCAGCGUCUUUUCGGAGGAGGCGGCUGGCACGGAGGCCAGGCUACAUGAGAAGUGCAGCUGGGCCCCGGAUCAGGUUCCUCUCGCCAGCAGUGGGCAGUCUGCUCCGGGCCCAGGGAGGGGCAUGCAGUGAGGAGUCCCAGCACUCUGAACCCAGGACCGGACCAUGUGGCCUUGACCCUGGAGGCCAGGGGCAGGGUCCCUCGACUGGGACCCUCAUUCCCUGGAGCACAGAAGCCUCUGCUUGGACCUCCACGGGCCCCCGAGGCCUGGCUCUGACAACAGGGAGAGGAACCCUGGGUCUCUCGGGGAUUCAGCCCAGAGGUGGCCGUGCCCUGCCCAGCAGGCUGACUAGGUCGUGUAGCUCCGGGGACAACAUAUGCCAGGGGGCGCCACCAUCCAUGGACAGUUGGGAGGCUCCGAGCCCGAGUCGGGAAGCAGCCUGUGGGAAAGGAGCCCUGGACACCUGGGCCAGAGGCUCUCUAUCCCCAGAAGAGGGAAGUGGCACCAACUGCAGCCUCGGAAGUGGCCCCAAGGUCGACCCCACCGCUCCUGGCUCUCAGGAUGUCUUCACCUCCAACUUCAGCUUCAUUCGCCUCUCCUUGGUCUCUGCCGGGGAACGUGGAGAAGCAGAAGGCUGUCCGCCACCCAGAGAGGCUGAGGCUCCUCAUCAGAGCCCCGAGGAGACAGAGGCCAAGGCUGCUGGUGUGGACGGGCCCCAUGAACACCCUCAGCUUCUCUCUCCCGCCUCACCCCUCAAGGCUCCUCAGGACCUGGCAGAGGCUGCCCAGAUGGCGGGGGGCAGCCCCAGGCUGGAGUGCGAGAUGCUUCCUUUGCUGGACAUGGACGCUGCCUCCUUCUGCUCUCCUGAUCCCUCGAGACCCGAGGGCAGCCACCCUCAGGAUGCUGACCUCUGGGACCCACUGCUCCGCACUUGUGAGCCUGCGCUGCUGCACUGCCUGCGGGGCCAGCGGAGGCGGCUGGAGGUAAAAUCCUUAAGAUUAAAACUUCGGAAACUUCAAGAAAAAGCGGUUGAGGAUGAUGAUUAUGAUAAGGCUGAGACGAUCCAGCAGCGAUUAGAAGACCUGGAGAAAGAGGGGAACAGCCUGCACUUCAUGCUCCCUUCGCGGCUGCCGGCCCUGAGUGGCCUCCUGGGCCACCUGGGGGCACAGGCCCAGGCGGCCCUGCACCGGGCAGCUCAGCAAGCUGGCAGUGAAGACACCCAAGCCUGGCUCAGAAUGGAGCUGAAGACGUUGGCACCCACAGUACAGGACACCCUGCAUGUGUCCAUCACCAGGCGAGACUGGCUUCUUCAAGAGAAGCAGCAGCUGCAGAAAGAAAUCGAAGCGCUCCAAGCCAGGAUGUCUGUACUAGAAGCAAAAGAUCAACAGCUGAGACAGGAAAUAGAAGCACAGGAGCACCUCCUCCCGUGGCAGGGCUGCGACCUCGUGGGCGGACUGUCCCUGGGCGAGCUGCAGGAGGUCAGCCAGACCUUGCAGGACACCCAGGCCUUGGCCAAACAGAUUCCUGUCCAUGCAGAGCCACCCGAAAGCAUAAGGAGCCUCCAAGAAAGGAUAAAAUCCCUCAACUUGUUGCUUAAAGAAAUCACUGCUAAGGUGUGUUCGAGUGAAAGACUCUGCAGCACCCUGAGGAAGAAGGUAAAGGAUAUUGAGACCCAUCUGCCGGCAUUGCUUGAAGCCAAAAUGCUUGCCGUAUCAGGAAACCACUUCUGUACAGCAAAGGAGCUCACGGAUGAGAUCAGAUCCUUAAGAGCAGAGAGGGAAGGCCUGGAGGGACUUCUCCAUAAGCUGUUGGUGCUGAGUUCCAGGAACGUCCAGAAGUUGGGAAGUGUUAAAGAUGAUUACAGCCAACUGAGGAGAGAAUUGGACCUGGGGAGAGCCGCCUAUGAAGCAAGUGUGAAGGCGAAUACAAUGAAGUACGUGGAGGUGCUUGAGGAUCAACUGCGCAGCUGCAAGUGUCCACUGCUCAGAAAAGUGUGGGAAGCUGACUUGGAAGCUUGUCGGCUAUUUAUCCAGAGCCUGCAGCUCCAGGAGCCUGGGGGCAGCCUGUCUGCAGAAGAUGAGAGACAGAUGGAUGACUUAGGGAGCGGUGCUUGUACAGCCCCUCUGGCCAACCCCCUGAGGCCCCCCUCUGAAGAUGAGAGGAAGACCCCUUUGCAAGCUUCUGAAGAGUGGAAGGUGCACUUGACCCCCUCGCCUCACUGUGCUGGCAGUGAACAGCAGAAAGAGGAAUCUUACAACCUUUUGGCAGAACUUGGAGAAAAAUGUGAAGCCAUAGGCAAGAAGUUAUUGUACCUGGAAGAUCAACUUCACACCGCGAUCCAGAGUCACGAUGAAGACCUCAUUCAGUCUCUCAGGAGGGAGCUCCAGAUGGUGAAGGAGACUCUGCAGGCCAUGAUCCUGCAGCUCCAGCCAGCAAAGGAGGCGGGAGAAAGGGAGGCUGCAGCUUCCUGUGUGACAGCUGGUGUCCGGGAAGCACAGGCCUGAGGCGUGACAAUGCGGAGAGGAGGGUAGGUGACCGCAUCAUCAACAUGGGUGCCCAGGGGGCCUCUUGCCGCUUCUCUGCAUAACCAGUGCCCCUGACCCAGUGAUGGAGACGUAGAGCCUGGAUGUCACCCAGCAGAAGGGUGGUCCGCCUUUGCUCUCCUGAGGCUGAGAUGGGAGAGUCCGCAGAUUGGAAUAUGCAGGGGCGAGUGAUUGGCCAAUUUCCUUCUAAAAAUCAGGUUGAGUUACCUUUACUGGGUAGUUAGUUGGAGAUCCUGCAAUGGACUUGAAAAAUCUUUCCAUGUCAGCCCGCCUUAAGCAGGAGCUGGGGUGAAUUCUGCCAGAAAAAUGACUCUUUCCCUGUACCAUCUUGUUUUCUGCUGCAAUUAAAAUAUCUCCUGAUUUAAGAACCUAUAAAAAAGAAACCAGACAUGUCUCUCUCACCAUACCUGUUACCCUUUCCUACAGGCACGUGAUACAAGGGAGCUAAUUAACCCCAGAAUCUGGAAUUAACAGCUUUUCACCUUAUUCU